CCGAACCAACAAGACUCCAACUUUCCCAUGGCGGCGGCGGAGGAGGACGGCGGCUCCGGCGUGGCCCGGCAGGCGGAGCUCCGGCGCGCCGAGGGCAACGCGUGCUUCCGCAAGGCCCGCCUUGGCGCCGCCAUCGACUGCUACACCGAGGCGAUUGCGCUGUGCCCCGGCGUGGCCGUCUACUGGGUGAACCGGGGCCUCUGCCACUUCCGCCGCAAGGACUGGGCCAGGGUCGAGGAGGACAGCCGGAGGGCGCUCGCGCUCGACGACGCAUCGGUCAAGGGACACUACUUGCUAGGGUGCGCGCUGCUCGAGAAGGAGGACUGCGCUCUCGCCGUCAAGGAGUUCGACAAGGCGUUGGAUCUCUUGAAGUCUUCAAGUUCAAGGGACAAGAUGGCCGAGGACAUUUGGCAGGUUCUUGCCAAGGCCAAGUACCUAGACUGGGAAAAGCACUCUACCCAGCGAGUUUGGAAGAUGCAAAGUUUAAGGGAAGCAUGCGAAAAUGCUCUGCAGGAACAUCACUUUCUUAGCGGCACUCUUUCAGAAGACUCUGACGGAAGAACCAAUGAGUAUUCAGAGCAAUGCAAAUUGUUAUCUGAAGUCUUCACCAACGCUAUACUUGCCGAUACGCCAGGAGAUGUGCCCGACUACCUUUGCUGUCAAAUAACUUUUGAGAUUUUUAGAGACCCAGUCAUCACACCAAGUGGUGUAACAUAUGAGAGGACCAUACUGCUUGAGCAUCUUCGCAAGGUGGGCAAUUUCGACCCGGUGACGCGGGAACCCUUGAAGGAGCAUCAGCUGGUUCCGAAUCUUGCCAUCAAGGAAGCAGUUCAAGCCUACCUCAAGGAGCACAGCUGGGCCUACAAAUUGAACUGAAUCUGUCCUGUUACCGGCUAACUGAUAACAAGAUGUGUCUGAGUUGCAAAGGGCAGAUUGAUUCUUGAGUAAAAUCCUAACGGACACUUGGCAAUUGUACAUAAUAAGCCAGCACACACUGGAAGCUAGAGCAGCUUGACCUGUGAUUCUCUGUAGCAGUUUACCUAUAGGCUAGGUGUCAUUUCCACUGAUAAGUUUCUAGGAUUAGGUGAAACUUGGCUUUACAAUAGUGGUUUGUAUGAUCCCGUUACGUUGAUCA